UCGACCAUGACCAGUCUUACAUUAUUCGUUCUAUGUGGACUCAUGCACAUCUGUCGAGGUCAUUCUGAAAAGUUUCCACCGAAUUUCAAGUUCGGUGCGGCCACCUCGUCAUACCAGGUGGAGGGUGGCUGGGAUGCUGAUGGUAAAGGCCAGAGUAUAUGGGACCGGUUUGUACAUGAAAAUCGCGACAAGAUAGCAAAUAAUGCAACCGGAGACGUUGCCGCCGAUUCAUACCACCUUUGGCGUGAAGAUGUUCGGAUCGCAGCAGAGAUGGGACUCCAAUUUUACAGAUUCUCCAUAAACUGGCCUAGAAUUCUCCCCACGGGUUUCGUCAACGAAAUCAACGAGGUCGGGGCUAAAUACUACAGUGAUCUUAUUGACGCUCUACUGGCUGAAGGUAUUGAACCAGUCGUCACUAUCUACCACUGGGAGAUGCCAGUGAAAAUUCUGGAUCUUGGUGGCUGGGCAAAUCCUUUAAUAGUCGACUGGUUUGGAGAUUUCGCGAGAGUCGUCUUCAAUCUAUACGCGGACCGCGUCAAAACCUGGAUAACCAUCAACGAAUCGGUCAUGUUCUGCGACUAUUUCUACAACAUCGGUCAGUUCUAUAAGGAACCAGAAUUCGCACCAUUCCUAUGCAAUAAGCAUGUCUUGCUUGCACAUGCUACAGCAUAUAGAAUAUUUGAAAAGGAAUUCCGCCCGAAGUACGAAGGCCGAAUUUCCUUAUCGAACUCUGUAAUCUGGAUUGAACCCGCUAGUCCAAAAGACAAACAACUCGCAGAACUUGGCAGGGAGCAUGUGACUGGCAGAUAUUCGCAUCCGAUAUUUUCCAAAAAAGGUGGAUGGCCCCAUUCUAUUGAAAAGUUGAUGUUGUCGUACAGUUUGAAGCAAGGUUACAACCAAUCCAGACUCCCUGCCUUUACCAAGGAUGAGAUAGAGUUUGUAAAAGGGACCGCAGAUUUCUUCGCGCUAAACCAUUACAGCACAUUGAUGAUUAGACCAGCUCAACAGGGGGAAUCAGGGAAGUGGUUUCUGUCUGGGUCACCCGAAUUGAACGCCUUUUUAAUAAAUCCACCGAACGCCUCUUACGGAGUCGCCCAUGAUUUACCGGUAUACCCUACAGGCAUCCGCCGACAGCUGGCGUGGAUAAAGAAGCGAUAUGGUGAUAUCGAUAUCCUCAUCACGGAGAACGGAUUUUCCACAACGGGCUACAAUCUUGAGGAUUACGAUAGAAUUAACUUCAUGAAGAAAUACUUGGAGCAGGUGCUACUGUCAAUAAAAGUGGAUAAUGUUAGUGUGAUCGGUUUUGGGGUUUGGUCGCUCAUGGAUAACUUCGAAUGGCUUUCUGGAUACAAGCAUAAAUUUGGUUUGUACGAAGUGGACUACGAGAACGAAAAACGAGCACGUACCCCGAGAGCGUCCGCAUACUAUUACGCCUGUCUCAUAAAAAACCGAUCCCUACACAUCGCGGGAGAAUGUUUGCAUAAGUAUCAUUCGAAAUUCAAACGAUUAGAACCGAAUGGUACGACCAUCACACAAAAUGGCGGCGUACUUUUGACUGCUGUUCUGUUAUUUUUCUGUAAAUUAUAGAGCUACGUACUAAGUA